UGUCUCGAGUCUUUGUCAUCUAACUUUUGUGCUAAACAACUUGUAGAGCUUCACAUUUCUUUGAGCAAGGUUAAAAGGCUUUGGGAUGGGGUUCAGGAUCUUUCGAAUUUAAAGACUAUUCGUUUACAUGACUUGCCAGAGCUGAUUGAGAUCCCAGACUUAUCUAUGGCAAGAAAACUUGAACAUAUAUCUCUUUUGGAUUGUAUAAGUUUGUGUGAGCUCCAUCCAUCCAUCGUGUCUCUCCCUAACCUAAAAAUUAUGGGAUUAUUUCGAUGUUCAAAGAUUGAAAUCCUUAAAGUUCAUUCAAAAUCUCUUCGUAUACUUGUCGCCUAUGAUUGUUCAUCUCUCAAGGAAUUCUCAAUUACAUCAAAGGAAAUGGUUUGUUUGAACUUACGUAAAACCACUAUAAGUGCAUUACCGUCAUCUAUUUGGAAUAAUAGGAAACUUAGUGAUCUUCAUCUAACAGUCUCAAACAAUCUUGAAAGGUUAUCAAAGGAAGGAGGAAUUGGGUCGAUUACAACACUGAACCAUUCCGAGUGCAUGAAGCACAAUGCAAGGAAUAUGCCAUUCUUACAACCACUCCAUCACAACUUCGGCAACUUAUCGUUUUUAGAAACAUUAUGGCUAACUGGAAUUAAUGAUGUGAGCUUGAUUGCCAACAUCCAAAACCUUUCAUUGUUGAAAUUACUUUACCUGCUAAAUUGUCAGAAAUUUGUGUCUUUGCCACAGCUUCCACCAUCACUGAGAGAGCUUCAUUUAAGUGAUUUAAGGGAACUCGUGUCUCUGCCACAGCUUCCAUCAUCACUAAGAGUGCUUCAUUUAAGUUAUUUAAGGGAACUCAUGUCUCUGCCACAGCUUCCACCAUCCCUUGUCAAUCUUGAGUUAGCUGACUGUAGGAAACUCGUGUCUCUGCCACAGCUUCCACCAUCCGUGACAUAUGUGAGAGCCAUUAAUUGCACUUCUCUAGGGACAGAUUUCACUCAACGGAUAGCAUUACAACACAUCUUGAGUCACUCGCAGAGUUUUGACUGCGAAACAUGUUUCAUGUUCUCAGGAGACCAUGUGACCGACAAGUGUGAGUUUCAAAAAGCAGGGACUUCAAUAACUAUUCCUUACCUCUCACUGUCUAACUUGUGUGGUUUCAUUUGUUCCCUCGUUCUUUACAGGGGAUCAUACGGUGGUCUUUUUUCGUGUUCUAUCUAUCAAGAUGUCGAAGAAGUCUUCUACUACUAUUACUCAGUCCCCAAAAAUCUAACUUCAGAUCACAUUUUAUUUCAGUAUUUUAAUCCAGAAGAUCUUUCCAAUGACGUACCAUUUAAAUUUGAAUUUCAUUUCUAUGACCGGGAUAGUGAUAAAGAUUAUGGUCAAGAGAGAAUAAAAGAGUGUGGAGUCUUCCCGGUGUAUGCCUCAAGCAUAGAAAUUGGAGUUGGAGCAUCUAAUGCUGAAAAUGAAUUGGAAUCCAUUUCUCAAAUCAAUAAUAAUGAGUCACAGCCUACUGAAAAUGGAGAUGUAAUUAGAGUUGGAGUUGGAGGCUCUAAUAAUGAAAAUGGAUUGGAAUCCAUCACUCAAAUAUGUGAGAAUGAGUCACAACAUGAAUCGAUUAGGGUUAAAGGCUCUAACAAUGAUAAUAAAUUGGAGUGGGAACAACUUCUUCAUGGGAUUACUUCAUCGGUGUGAAACUUCACAUACUUCACUUCUUCUUUGUAGGCUCCUUAUUUUUAACUCUUUUCUUAAAUUAAAUUAUACCUUCAAAAUAUAGUAGAUAUAUGUUGAAAAUACUCUUGAUUCUAGAAAAUUUAUACCUUACAUAUUGCAAUGACAUUAUGUUGUACUCCAACGUUGAGCAUGUUUUCUUUUGAAAUACUUACAAAGAAUAUUGGUGGGAAAUGAGCUCUAGCAUGGUAGAAA